AUGAGCGUCUCGCGAUACCCCGCGGAAACCCGCACCAUCAUUGACCCUGUGCUGUCGACCGGCAACGUCGCCUACCUGGUCGAGGCCAACGUCCACGAAAUGCGCCCGCGCGCCAACCCGGACGGCACCUUUUCCACCGCCGCCCGCGCUCCCUUCGAGCCCCGUCGCCCGCCCGGCGAGCCGCUGCUCAUGGAGCCCAAGUCGUCGUAUCUGCACAGCCCACCACCGCCGCCGCCGCCGCCCGUAACCCGCCCCGACGGCCCGGCCUUGCGCCCGCGCAGCAACACCACCAUCGCGACUGGCGCCCGUCCCACCAGCAUGAUCUUGCCCGCCACGCCCACCACCCGCCCGCUGAUGGCCGACUACGACCGCCUGCGCUCGCCAGUCCACCAUCCGGCCGCCUACUACCCCAGCGAGGACGCCGACCGCCACCUGCCGCCGCAAUCUACCUCCGCGCGCCGCCGCACCAUCAGCACCGUCACCAAUACCUUCGUGCCCCGCGCCAAAAAGGACCCCGCCGCGUAUAUUGCCGCCAAUGGGAGUCGAGGCACCCGCAAGCUGUAUCCCGUGUACAAAACCGACCGCAAGCCCACCAAGAUCGAUCUCAACAACGCCUAUUCCUAUACCAACCUGAACGAGGAGUUCAUCCACGACUGGGUGGACUCCGCGAAGCCCGCUCCUCGCCGCACAAACCCUUCUAGCGCGCCGCGUCCCGUCAGCCUCAACGCCCUGGAUGGAUCCCUGCCGCAGUCCUGGAGUGAUUCGCGGUACCACGGCCCCAUGUCGUCCUCCAAGGGUGCUGAGAAUGCCCGCAAGGAUGACGACCGCAGAGACCACGGCCGUAGUGCUGGCUCGGAGGCGCCCCGUGCCGCGGACGUCCCUCGACGUCAUCCAUCGCAACGAGCGCCCGUCUCGGUUCACCAGGCCAAGGCCAAGCCGUCGUACAAUGACAGCGAGACCUCCACGGAUUCGCGCGGAUACCGCAUCCGUCGAGACGACGAUGGCGUGGUGGUGGUGGACGACCAGCCGUACAUGACCAUCGUCCGCCAGCCCAGCCCCAGCGUCAAGAACGACCGAAAAACGGGCAGAAGCGACUCCGACUCCACGUACGCCAUGACCGGCGGGCUCCUUGCGUCGGCGGGGCUUGCCAGCGGCUACUCCAAGGAUAUCCGCGACGGGUAUUCCGACCGCAAUCGCAGUCCGCGCAGAAGAAGCCGAAAGGACCGUGACUUGCAACGGCCGUCCCGGGACGAGACCGGGAGUGAUACCGAUGUCUCCUCUGCAGAUGACAGCAUGAAGCAUCUGUACGGCCGGAGCUCACGUCGUCGAAACGACCGAACCUCCGAAUCCAAAGGUGGCAGUCGACACCAUGAUCGAGAGAAAGACGACUCGGGCGGCCCCAAGCUCAGCAACGGCGGCAGCAACCGCAGCCGCGUAUCCCCCAGCCCGGCCCGCAAAGAAUCACCCGAAACGCCAGCAAAAAAGGACAACAGCAGCAACAACAACGAGCCCACCCCCAAGGGCAUCCUGAAGCAGCCGACGCAGAAAUUCCCCGAGGACCCCAGCGCGGUGCGCGAGGGCGUGGCGCCGCUCAAGGACGCGCCGAAGCAGGGCGUCCCGCCCGGCGCGCGCUGGACCAAGAUCGACCGCCGCCUCGUCAACCCGGCCGCGUUGGAGGGCUUCGAGCGCUUCGAGGAGCGCUCCGACUACGUCAUCGUGCUGCGCGUGCUCUCGCGCGAGGAGAUCCAGGCGUACGCCAUCCGCACCGCGGAGAUUCGAGCGCGGAACUACCGCGAUCGUCGGAAGGAGAACAAGCGCAAGAACGGCGGCGACCGCCAUUAUGGCCGCAGCCGGCAUAGCACGGACAGUGAUGAUGAGGACGAUGAGGGAAGUGAUGAUGGGAAGGAUGAUGAGCGGUCUGUAGAGAAUAACGCUCCCGAUUCAGACUCCAGAAGAUGA